AUGAUGGCCGACCCAAUCAUCUUGUCUGACUCAUCUGUCGCAAUGCGAGCCGUGUUGAAGAAGCUCUUCAAGGUCGAACGCAGUAUAUUGGCUAUACCAGGCGCAUACGAGGAUGCAAUGACGCAGCAGCUGUCUCCGUAUCUGAAGGAGUUUGUCCAGUACCUCGACCGGCGUGCCAUCGAAGAAGUAACUGUCGGACGCAAGCUGCAGAUCGCAAACGGUCUGCCUAGAGAGCAUGUCCUUGUCCUACGCCAUUACCGCUCGGGAGCGGGAUACAUACAGCUACGCCUUCUGGCCUUGCAGGGACUCAAGGUUUUGUAUGCAGCGAUCACGCAAGACUACGUCCUUUUCGAAGGCAAUCAAUUUACCGCUGAAGUCUUCUAUACAGACUUUGGCAUAUCUGAAUGA